CUCCCUUCCUCCUCUCCCGCUUUCUCUGUCUGUCUUUUAAUCAUUCUAAGUUUCCCUGGAUAAGAGAUAGAGGCGCAUGCACAGAUUGCAAAACUGUAAUUGCUUCUCUGCAGAAUGUCCAGUAAGGAGCGCCACCUUGAGUCCAGCUGUCCGUCUUCUUAUAUAAAGACUGAGCCGUCUAGUCCUGCCUCCCUGACUGACAGUCUAAACCAUCACUCCCCUGGUGGCUCCAGUGACGCCUCUGGCUCAUAUUCGUCCACAAUGAACGGCCACCCCAACGGCUUAGACUCCCCGAGCCUUUAUGGCUCCAACACGGGGCCCCUGGGUCCUGCUGGCGGCCCUGGAUCAAAGCGUUACGAGGACUGUUCGUCAACUAUUGGGGAAGAUUCACAGAUUAAGUGCGAGUACAUGCUGAAUUCAAUGCCCAAGAGGCUGUGUCUGGUGUGCGGGGACAUUGCAUCAGGGUACCACUAUGGAGUGGCAUCCUGUGAGGCCUGCAAGGCCUUCUUCAAACGCACCAUCCAAGGCAACAUUGAGUACAGCUGUCCAGCCACCAACGAGUGCGAGAUCACCAAGAGGAGACGCAAGUCGUGCCAGGCCUGUCGCUUCAUGAAGUGUCUGACUGUGGGCAUGCUGAGGGAGGGUGUUCGUCUGGACAGGGUUCGUGGUGGGAGACAGAAGUAUAAACGCCGGAUAGAUGCGGACAACAGUCCAUACCUGAACCCACAGCUGGCUCUACCCCCCAAGAAGCCAUUUGCCUUUGGCUGCCUUGCAGAUAACAAAAUCGUCUCUCACCUGCUGGUGGCCGAGCCAGAGAAGAUUUAUGCCAUGCCUGACCCAACAGUACCAGACAGCGACAUCAAGGCCCUGACUACACUUUGUGACCUGGCGGACAGAGAGCUGGUGGUCAACAUCGGCUGGGCCAAACAUAUCCCAGGUUUCUCCACACUGUCUUUGGCAGACCAGAUGAGUCUACUGCAGAGUGCAUGGAUGGAGAUCUUGAUCCUGCGCGUUGUGUACCGCUCACUGUCCUUUGAAGACAAGUUGGUGUACGCUGAGGACUACAUAAUGGACGAGGACCAGUCAAAGCUAGCUGGACUUCUGGACCUGAACAAUGCCAUCCUUCAGCUGGUCAAGAAAUACAAAUCUAUGAAACUAGAGAAGGAGGAAUUCGUCACUCUCAAGGCCAUUGCUUUGGCCAACUCAGACUCCAUGCACAUUGAAGAUGUGGAUGCAGUGCAGAAGCUCCAGGAUGUGCUCCACGAGGCCCUGCAGGACUACGAGGCUUCCCAGCACCAGGAGGAUCCCCGCCGGGCGGGCAAGCUGCUCAUGACCCUCCCCCUGCUCCGCCAGACCUCCACCAAGGCUGUGCAGCACUUCUACAGCAUCAAGCAGGACGGCAAAGUCCCAAUGCACAAACUCUUCCUGGAGCUGCUGGAAGCCAAGGUCUGAGGACAGGAGAAUAGAUGGAGGACAGCUAGACGCCAGUCUGAACCAGCUGAGCUUCACCUCAGAUUCUAAACAGCAACUUUGAAUGACCUCUUGCUCUUUUACAUGCACACACUCUUACCCACACACACACCCAGACACAGAAAUACAUCCCUGAAGUAUGUCUGCUGACGCAUCCCCCUUUGAAUAAACAAGUAAUCUGAACCUCUUACCUGAACCCCUAAAACUCCACUGUCUUUGAGAAAAGGACGCUCACUUGACCUUCUGUUUUGGGGGGCGAUGCUGACAGACUGACAUGACCCCCUCUAUUACCAAGGGAAGAUGGAAGAUAAUGUUUCCUUUUAAAACUAUUAACAAUCACAUAACAGUUUUCACGGUGACUCAGAACACUGAUGAUGACAAAACCGUCACUUAUGCAUUUAAUAACAAUUAAGAUGUUAUUAAUGACAAACACUUAAAUGAGGACACAUUUAAAAGAAACUGAAAACUCUUCAUUUUAGUUCUGAGAGACUCUAAGACUGCACUUGUGUCUCCUUUUCCCUCUCUCUUUCCCCCCAACAGAGUUUUUUAAGUGUUCAAGAAGAAAACGAGUGGGAAAAAAAUGAACACUAAAGAAGUAUCAACGGCGUUUGUCAAAUUACGUGUACAAUGAAAUUCGGAUGGAUGGACUGAGAAAAGAAAAGAAGAGGAGAUUUGCCCUGCCAAAGAAUGGAGCUCAUCCAUUCAGAGGAUGCCAGCAAACUUUACUGUCAUAACCCAAAACUCUUUCUGGUUUGAUCUACCAGUGGCUUUCAGUCCUGGGCUCCAAGAGUACUGCUGGUUUUCUGUUCCACCAGUUAUUUUAAAAUUGUUGUGGUUAGAAUAAAAACAAGCAGAGCUCAGAUUUUCAAGGACCAGGAUUGCAAACCACAGCUGUAAACACUUUCUCGUUCUCCCUAAAAUCAGUUCCUGGUUUCCUAAUGACUCCCCAGUUUCAACUGCUACUAUUCGUUGUACUUGUUGAGGACCAAUGACCCUGGCCUCCCAAACCUGUCAGUAUUACCACAGUAUCAGUGUUUGUACACUUAAUGUGGCUGAAAAUGGUUUCAAAUGUUCUAACCACCUGAGGAUGAUAAUUAAUUGAGUUUAUAAGUAAAAAAUAUUACUCACGGUAAUAACACAAAACUUGAUCUAUACUGUCAAGAAUGGAUUCCUGCUUGGCUAACUGGUAGAUGUAGGCUCGGUUCACAUUCUCUGUGAUGCUGUAUAUUCUGUCAAACACUCCGCUUGUGUUUGGACGUCUGUUUGAAACAUUUUCAGCUCCUCAGCGGCCCAGGUUUGCGGCUCUCCACCUACCACUUAGUAGAGAUUUCAGUCUGUUGAUGAGAAUAGUGCCAUUAAGAAUAGUCCAGUCCAUGCUCAUUACCCAAACUCGGAAAACUUCAAAAUGUCACUUUGGUACUUCCUCUCCUUGCUCCAUUGCGCUCACAACUUGCAGUCCAUCUCCUGCGUCAGUAGAGAGAUAUUUUUGUGAUUCAUUCAGCGAGUGAUGAGGGAGCUACACUCACUCAACGCAAUACAAACCAGAAGGAAAAGUGUGCUGACAAAACUGACUGAAAAACAACUAUUGUUGCUUUCAAACUCCUUAUUUUUUUCUUGAUUUCUAUCUUGAAAAUAAUCUUAGCGAUGAUACCAAUGUUAGGGUUGUAAAUAAUUGUCAUCCUGUAUAUGACAUAUACCACGGCUUUGUUUUUGUUAUUGAUAUUGUCUUCUUAAAACUGACUCAAUCAAUAUGUCUUUCCUUUUUUUCAGCUUGACCACUUUCAGCAAUUAUCAUAUAUAUAUAAAUAUAACAAGUAAUAAUGUAUUAACAAAUCAGCGUUUAUCUUAGAAACUCUGAGCAAUAGUGGUUUUUAAAGGAGGGGUUUGUGCAUACGGACUAAGUCUGCAAUAUUAACAUAACGUGCCAGUCUUAAAUUUAGGGGAGAGAGGAUGGGGAUUUGAGGAGAGUUUGUAGCUUGAUUUUCUCUCUGUGUAACUUGCCAUAAGCUAUUAGAUAACAGUCAAUAUUUCCUUUGUUAGAAACAGUUAGGCAGGAACAAAUAUGGACCAGGAAUGUCAGGAUGAGAUGUUAAUGCUGCUGUCACAUAGUCUCUGUGUGAAUAAUAGUCAGUACGAGGGUUAAAGAACUAAUUUAAGUAGCUAAAAACUAAAACGUGCAACACUCAAUUUGCAAUUAUCACAUGGUUCUGAUGUUUGCACCUUGUUUUGUGGCCAGGCAAUUUUUGUUGUCAAGUUUAAUCUGAUUAAAAAGAGACUGCUAUUUAAAAUCAGUUCAAUAAUACACAGAUUUUGUCCAUUUUCAGUUUAAGGUGCAUGUUUCUUUAGCCAUGUGACAGGGUGUGGGGGACCAUCAGAAAAACCAGACUAAAUCAAGAUUUGUACUGAGGGAAACAGUGCUAGCAAAAACCAAACAUCAUCCAAGUUUGAAAAAGAAAAAAACAAAAAACAAAACAUGACACCGACAGUUUCGUGUUAGCUCGCUAUUCCACUUUCUGUUGUCUGACAUUUUAAUUUAAUUUUAUAAAGAAACUAUGGUGUUGUAAUGGUAAAAGUCAUUAAUAUUAUGUAUCAAAAAAUCUAUCAGCUAAUAAAAUUCAUAAAAAGAUGAGCAGUGAUGAUGAUGAUUAAUUAUGGAAAUUCAUUACAAUUGAAAUUAGCUAUAUUAGCUUGAAACAAACAAAUGAGAUCU